CUGCGGUUUAACUCUUCGUUCAAGAUGCUGUCUUUCAUUACGGCACUUUCUUCCCGUUUGACAUAAUUGUGAAUGUCUUUGUCUCGAUUGAUGAACUUUGACAUCUCGCAUGUAGGUUAAGUACUUAAUCGCCUGUUACAUUUAAUUUGUCCGCUGGUAUUUGUGUGUUUAAUGAUCUGCUGCAUAGUCACUUCAUUUAUGUGAUGACAUGUGUCGAUGACCUGUUACGUAGAGUUAUCGCGUAUAUAUGUACAUACACGUUGGCAUUUGCAUCUUAUCAGAUAGUCAUACUUUCUACAUUUAGAUUCUCUGUGUAAACAUCUCCAUCUGUUUGAUUUACAAGUACAAGAAACGCCGCGUUAGCACCAAGUAGAUUGAAUUUAUAUUUAGCUCGUAUCUCACUCCGAAUUAUGUUUCUUCAGAGCAUAUGUGUGCCUUCUAAAAAUAGUCCACACUCGAUUGCCAACAAGACGUCAGCUGUGUUCUUAUUUUCUUGUUACUUGACAGAAGCUUAAAGGAAUGGCUGAAGAAGAGAAAGCUGUUCCCUCAUCCAUGACCCAAUGCUAUGAAAACUACAUUAUAGUCGAUGUAGGUGCCAAUCUAACAAAUAAGAAGUACAGCCGGGACCUGGAUAGUGUAAUACAAAGAGCAAAGGAUGCAGGUGUGCAGAAGAUUAUGGUGAUAGGAGGCAACAUUCGUUCCAGCAAGGAAGCGCUCAGGUUAACUAGAAUAUAUCCGGGAACUCUGUACUCUACCGCCGGCGUGCAUCCGCAUGACGCCAAAUCCUGGGAGGAUCCGGACACUCUACACGAACUGGAAAGUAUAGCCAAGAAUCCAGAAUGCGUCGCGAUCGGGGAGUGUGGCUUGGACUACAGCCGUGACUUCUCCGCUCCGGAAGCGCAGCGCGCAGUGUUCCACAAACAGAUAGAAUUAGCCUGUAUAUUGAAUAAGCCAUUAGUGAUACAUGAAAGAGGUGCACAGAAGGAUGUGCUAGAAGUACUCGGUCAGUACAAGAACCGUCUGCCGCCCAUUCUAAUACAUUCUUUUAUCGGCACCGCGGAAGAGGCACAGACUUACCUGGAUAAAGGCUUUUACCUGGGCAUCACAGGCUACUUGUGCAAAGACAAGUCUGACAGCAGUGUGAGACAGUUGUUGGAAGGGGGACAGGCGCCGUUAGACAAGAUCCUGGUAGAGACCGACGCGCCGUUUAUGUAUCCUAAUACCAGAGCCAGCAAAUUACCCGCAUACGUGAAGGACGCUUUGACUGAACGAUCCAUGACAUUUCUCCAUCGUUACUGUACCUUUCAACGUAACGAACCGUGUGCAUUGCCGGCGAUCGUGGAAAUGGUGGCGGCGUUUAUGCGAACCACACCAGAACAGGUCGCGCUAGCUACCGCUUUUAACGCUUUAAAAUUAUUUGGUUUAAAUCAAUGAUAAUAAUAUUCGGAUUUCCCAAGAUGAAUGUGCGAAAUGGUGCUAGUAGGUGCUAAACAAGAGUUUAAUUGCAAUUUUUAUCGGGUGAUGCUUCACACACAGUUGAAAUCAUAAAAUGUUUCUUUAUCAAUUGAUUUCUUUUUAUAUAUAUAUUACAAACGGUAGCUAUAACAUAUUUUAUAUAAGACGAAUUGAUUUAAGGGAUAUUUUGCUUCAUACAAAAUGAAUAAUAUUUGUAUUUUAUCCGUAUAAAUAUACUAUUCAUUUACAUGUACAAAAUAUUUUUACGAUUAUAUUAAGAUGGAUUUUGUCAAUUUUUCUUCGUGUCUCAACUUUUUUUGUAAAAUGUUGAUAAAGUUAAAAUCCAGUAUUAUACAUUUUAUUGUUGAUGUAUCAUAAAUAUUUUCAUACGAAUAAAUUGUUACAUAGA